AUGACAGAUGAUCUGUUUUUCACUGUAAUUUUUCAGCUUCAAAUCCCGUUCAACAAGAAGCACCUCCCUGCAGUACUGACCCGGCCCAGCAGAGGGCAGCCCAGGUACGGUGUGAUCCUGACCCAUGGAGCAGGAGGAGACAUGGACCACGCCCACCUGCGGGGCGUGGCACAGGUGUUGGCAGGUGCAGGUUACCUGUGUCUCCGGUUCACCUGCAAGGGACUGAACAUCAGCUACAGGAUCAGGGCCUUCACCGCUGUCUUGGACUAUCUACGCAAGAAGGUCACUCCUACAUUGCAGGGCUGCAUCGUUGGAGGUCGUUCCAUGGGCUCCAGGGCUGCAGCAGGCGUGGCACUUGCGGACACCUCAGGGUUUGUGAGGGGGGUGCUCUGCCUGUCGUACCCCCUCCACCCCCCGGGAAAGCCCGACAAGCUCCGCACAGACGUCUUCAGACUCAGGGUGCCGACCCUGUUCAUCAGUGGUACCAGAGAUCCCAUGUGCCCAGCUGGCUGCUUCAGGUAGGUCAGAAGGGUCAAG